AGAGUACAAGUUAUGCUUGCUGCAAGAAGUUCUUUUAUUGCGUCUAAGUGUGACGACAAAUUUUUGUAUCAUUUUUCUGCACUUGUGGACUACUUGAAAGCAAGAAGCUUUGUGAAAGAAACACAAGUUUAUGAUCGCACGCUUGAGAGAGCUUCCGAAUUGGCACAGUCGUUACGUGAUAAAAUUUUCUCGGUGCGAAGAACAAAUCCCUUAGAAUCUGGCAAGUUGUCCAGUACUUGAGGACUAUCCUGAAGUUGUCAGUUGAUUGAUUCACAGUACUGGAUUUUGAUCAACUUGAACUUGUUAUGAACAGGUGGUAUAUCAGAGAAGUACGAAGAUCGUAGUUGUAUCGUUGUCAAGGAUAUUUUGAUAUCAUUCGAAAUUUUUGUGAGAACAUAUUUGUUGAUAUCGCGGAAAAAAAGCCCUUUUAUUUCAUAGAAUUGAAAGUUGUCAGAGAAGAUUGAGUUGCUCAUGCUUUCUUCAGCUCCACUUAAGUUGCGUGAUAAAGAGUAGGAGCUUGAACAAGGGAUCUAAGAGACGAUAAUGUUAUUUUCUGUUUUGAUGUCUUGUCUAUUGAUUCGUUUCUUCCAAAGGAAUUGGAAUGCAAUAUUAGAGGUUGACGAAUGCCAUUAACUUCUCAGAGUACACAAAGAAAUAUAGAUGAUAUUAACUAGCGAACAAGAAUGUGUAGUUAUCAUCAUAUUUUAUAUGUUUCAGAGUGCAUUCGUUAUUGUCUUUGUUUACGUGUUACUUGAGGGAGAGAUCAAGGACAUACACUCAUCUUACUGUAUGGGACUUUAUCAUAUUCCAUUCCACAUGAAUGAGAGGCUGCCCUAUGGUAAGCUAGUUUUCGUCUUAAAGAGUUUGAAGUUUAUCGUUUCUUGAUUAAUGUUUUGAUGCC